AUGGUAUAUUUGACAUUCUGCACCACGCAUUACUCGAGUAUGAGGAAAUCGCGUACACUUCUCUGGCGCACUAAGACGCAAUCAAUGAGUGAAUUAAAGCAGAAUGACACUCAGGACAUCCACUAUCCACAGUAUCAUAUAUGGUUUGGAUGUUCUAGUAUGCAAAUAUCAAUUGGAACAUACCUUUGGAGACAGGGUAUGCUUCUGUGUUUUUGUUUUUGUUCGACCGCGUCAUAUGAUGCCCAUUGCCGGCGGUUAGCCAUCCGGGAUGUUGCCGAGCGAGACUUCAGCGAGGCAUCGAUCUCUAGCGACCACUGUCCUGAACCGCUUACAUGUAAGGUUGGGUCUGCAGCUUUCAGUGCAUUUUAUUACCUGCCAUUUCAUCCCUCAUCUAUUGCUACAGGAUUUUAA